AACAGUGAAGCCUCCGGAGCUAUAUAAACAACCUGACGUUCAACUUUCUACAACCAGAGAGAUCGACCAGUUGGAUAUGCAUUUUGUGCUUGCCUCCCACAGCCCCUGCUUAGCCUCUUUUCCCAUCGUUCAACACUUAUAAAUGGAGUAUGCUAAUUUACGACGCCAAGCAGCAUCCUUGAAAAGGAGCCUCUUUGAUCAGGGGUAUUUGGAUGAGCAAUUUUGCCAGGUUGAGGACUUGCAGGAUGAAGCAAGCCCCAAUUUUGCAGAAGAAGUGGUCUCCUUGUUCUUCAAGGACUCAGCGAGGCUAGUGACAAACAUUGAGCAAGCUAUGGAGAAGUAUCCAAAAGAUUUCAAUAGAUGGGAUGCACACAUGCAGCAGCUUAGAGGCAGCUGUUUUAGCAUCGGCGCUUCUAAGAUGAACAAUGAGUGCACAUCCUUCAGGAACAGCUGUGGAGAAGAAAAUGCUGAAGGUUGCAGGAGAACUUUCCAGAAAGUGAAGAGGGAGCACGCUAUCCUUAGGCAGAAGCUGGAGUCCUAUUUCCAGCUGCUGCGACAGGCCGAUCCUGCCAGGACCGCGACCAGGCCUGGAAGCAUGUAAAGCGCUGGCCGCUGGCGCUUUACAGGGAGAUGAACCAGUAUAUAUCUCUAUAUGGGAUCGUUGCAGAGAAAGAAGACCCAGGAACAGGAGACAUGCCUGGUACUGCCAUGGGUGCUAGCUAGUUCAUUGAUGCCUGAAAGAUACCAUAUAAUGAUCAUAAAAAAAAGUACUCUAUCAUACUAUAAUCAUAAGGACGCCAUGUUGGUGUCCUGUGUCUGAUAUAGUCGUAUCAUGUCAUGUCCGCGCUUAUGUACGAUAAAUAAAACCAACCGAGCUUGCAAGUGUCUGUUGUUAAUUAAUUAUUUACAACAAGCUUGUGAAUGAA